AUGGUAAAGGCAACACAUAAGGGGGCUAGAACUGUAGUGAGAACCAGGUACGGGAAAACGGGUGAAUUCCCCAUCAACGUAGGACUACAUCAAGGGUCAAGCUUGAGCUCAUUCCUGGAAUUGCAAUGUGUUCGACAUGAAUUCCACACGAGCUCAUUCUUGUUCAUGGUGGUACUGGACGUCAUAAGCGAGGCUUUUAGAGGAGGACUACCGUGGGAACUGUUGUUCGCCGAUGAUUUGACCCUGGUGGCAGGUAAUGAAGACGAACUACAAAGAAAAUGGCUGCGUUGGCAAAAUGCAAUGGAAAGCAGAGGACUGAAGUGUCCGAGAAAGGUGGCUCAGACUGCAGCAUGGACAAAACGGAGAGAACUGCCUGGUGCCAUUAGUGAAAGGAAAAUGCCAAGAAAGUUGUAG